AUGGCACAGAUUUCAGCAGCGGUGGCGUUGAGGCGGGAGGCAUUGGUGCAGGCUGCGGAAGAUCACAAGCUAGCCGCGGAGGACGAGACAACGUUCAAGACUGAACACUCGCGCUGCGUUAUGGAGCUGUCGCUUCGCGAGGGGCUCGGACAAAGGUACGGUGCCCCCCGCCGUAACGCCCAGGAGCGGCUUCGAUCGGUGAUCAUGAGAGACGAGAGGUGCGCGGAGACGAUACAUCGACUCCUCAAUGACCUCGAUGGGUUGCUGGUACCCCAUCACGUCAGCGAUACCGGCCACUUCCUGGCCGGAAAGCUCGACGAGAAGGCGCCGGGCUGGGGUGGGAGCAUCAACCGACCACAAGAAGAACAAGACAGGAGGAGCGAUCACACGGUCACGUCUUCCACCCCCGCCGAAGCUGACGACGACGACCAGACCUUAACGCAACUACUGCGAUGCAAGUUGCUUUCGAUUCGAGAGGCCCUCUUUCGACACGCCUCUUUCUUGGAGUUCCUCCCCGCGCCUGAGAGGGUGGAUCGGAACCGACACGUGCCGGGGGUGGACGUUGACGUCGGCGUGGGGCGAGAAGACCAACCGGAGAAGGAGGAGGAGGAGGAGGAGAGACAGGGGAGCGAGGAUGAAAUCGACCCUGAGGUAACCCUCAUGCCCCAGGAAGGGGAAACGUUCGCCGGCGCCCUUGACUCCCUGGAGGCCCGGUGUCGCUCCGAAACACGCCUCCUGUACGAGUCGGAGGGGAAGGAGGAGCUCUUGGACGAGACCGGCGUCCCGGAGAGCCUCAGGGCCUGGCUUGGGGAAUCCCGUGAGCGUGCUCUAGGCGACGGCGGGCACCGGAGUGAGGCAAAACGACGACUCAGAGGGCAGGUGGAGCGGUUCGAGCUUCUUGUGGCCAAGCGCCCCGUGCCGCGCGAUGUUUCGGCCGGACCUCGCGCUCCGGCGGUGAUGAUGCUCGACUUAUCUUCAAGGCUGGAACAGCAAGCAUUCGUUCGAAGGCGAAAGCGCGAGGCCUACUUCGAGCGCUCGCUUUCCGUCUGGGCAGCAGCCCGCGCCAAGCACCAGCGACAGCUCCGUCCCGCUUUCGGGUCCGCCGACCGUCGCGAAGAGCUAGACGAACUCCUCGCCAUCGAGGCCGCUCGAGCGGCGGAGGUGACCGAGGCGAUAGUGUCGUUCAGCCGGGAGUUAAUUAAGGAAGAGGUGGCGGCGAUGAAGACACACGCGGCCAAGGUUGCUUGCUGCUUUGGUGCCGUCGCCGCAAUACUUGACAGUGUGGUGAUGGUGGAUGACCUUGGUAAUCUUCCGGGCGACGACGGUCUUGAGCCGAAGCGAAGAGGCUUGCGGCGCCUGAGGAAGGCUGAGCGCACGUUCCUGAAACAGCAGCAGCAACAGGAAGCUUCCAUCGCAGCCAGUCAACCGGCAGGAGGGAGGAAGAAAUCAGCCGCCGCUGCCACCGCCGCCACCGCUGAUGACGGUGACGACGGUGGUCUACCCUCACGUACCGAAAUGAGGGGGAAAGGGCGUCAAUGGGAGCGCCGGCGUUGGAGAACGAUCGGCCUGUCCGACCUCACUCGAGUGAUGCUGGCGGCAGGGACAACCACGGAAGCGACGGGAGGGAUGGAAUCUGCCACAGGAAAAUUCAGAGCCGUGCUGGCAGGCCUUGAUGCCGGCGACUCCACGAAGAAAGUGGCAGAAGCAGACGACGAAGCGUCGAUAGCAAGAGAAUCAACAGUGGCGGGAAAGGGCACCGGAGCAAGCAGCAAAACCAACGGGAAGAAGGGAAAGGGCGGCGGCAAGGGGAAGCAAGCAGCGGCCGCGGCGGGCGCUGACGACGUGGAAGAAGACGACGGGGUGGCAGCGGCGAAGAGGCGGGCGGCAGACAGAGAGACAGAAGUGAAAACGUGGGCGGAGGGCAUCCGCGAGGCGCUCGAGGCCGAAACGUUUGUCACCACAGCUCACAGGGCAGCAGUGGCGACGAGGGACGAGAUCAUCUUGGGCCUGGCGGAAAAUACAAAGGUGUAG